CUCUCGCGUUCUCGGAAGGAACGACCCCACAUUCCUGCCUGGAUCCUUCCGGACCAGCAUAAAACAUAUCGCACCACCGGUCGGCCAGUUCAGUCUACUGCCGACCGUCGUGACGUUCAGUUCGAGCCCCCGGGAACCAGUUCCUCAGCUUCCGAUCCGACAGCAUCUACAGAACAUCCUCCUCCAAACCAUAUCAACAACGCAAACGGUGCAGUUUCCGACGGAGUGAAACCCGCUUGAAAGCCGAAUCACAACAGUACUACACAUAUCAAUUGUGAAAUAGUUUGAGGACUCAGUGAAUUGUGCGAGGUCUCACGCGCGCGCCCGUUAUGAUAUCAGUGCAGCGUAUCAGCCGUCAGCCAGUGUAAUUGACCGUGUAAUUGAGCAGCUUCCGGUGGUCGUGGUGGUGGUCGAGGCCGCAGUUUGACACCGUACCGCCAAUAACACGUGUGCUCAUCCUUGCUAAUCAUCGUGUAAUCCGACGCUGGAAUCAAAUCCAAUUUAACGUUGCGGAUUAACGGAUAUAAUCACAAAAAUCUUUCGUCCAGUUAACGUGUAACCUAAGUUCGUCGAAACGAAGUGAAGUGGCGGAACGGCCUUUGUGAGUUAUUUAUUGAGUGAGAGUGCGAAGCUGAUUUCAUCAACCCACGAAGACCAAAGUGGAAGAAAUCAGCCCUAAUUCAAUUGUGCGAAUAAGUGCUCCGUUCCGCUUGUGUUUGGUUUACUGCCUUCGAAGUGGCCGGCUCAUAAGAAGUGCGUUCCUCGUUUUCCUUUGGACUAAAUAGAAAGAAUACAGUCAGUGCAACACACCAGUCAGUAGUAGGCAGCAUGAAUUCAACGAAGCUCGUUAUGCUAUCGGUGGGGCUGAUCGUUGCCGUGAUGGUGCUCAAUUGGCCGCAGGCCGUGCAUGGAAACGACAGUCAGAACUUGAACCGGCUGCUCAACAAUCAGGUCAUCGUCAGCCGGCAGAUUAUGUGCGUCCUGGAGAAGAGCCCGUGCGAUCAGCUGGGACGGCAGUUGAAAGCGGCCCUCCCCGAAGUGAUACAACGGAACUGUCGCAACUGUUCGCCCCAGCAGGCCCAGAACGCCCAGAAGUUGACCAAUUUCCUGCAGACGCGCUACCCGGAAGUGUGGGCCAUGUUGAUACGUAAAUACGGUGCGGUUUAAAAGUUCGCGCACCAGUGCAGUGCAAAAGGAAUGCAGCUCACCAAAAACUAUCACCUCACCACCACCAAACCAACAUCACCAGAAUCCACAUUCAGCCAUUACCUAUAUACAUCCGGACGGAAGAGAGAAAGUGUUGCAAGCAUCGUGAAAGUUUUGAUUGGAUUUUUAUUGGGAUGCAAAUGGGAAGGAUUUUGGUUCCUUCUGUGAAUUCAAUGCUUUAUUACGAGACAGUUUGAUGAGUUUUUAACGAGGUACAGCGCAGUUUGUGGGGAGCAUACGUUCUGUCUCUCUCACGUUUUACAAACAACAACGAUUCAGAAUUCACUUUCCAUUAGGGUAAUGGAAAAACUUAGACACAAAUAAAAUGUGAUAUAACCAUAUCCCAAAGAGAGGUGAAACGUAUGGGGUGGCAAGGAUACCUACACACGUUUCACAGUUCCAUUUCAAACAGAUCCAUAUCGUUAUAAGUUCCAAUUGUUUGUGUCAUCGUCACAUUUAGGUUGAUGAAUCCAGGUGAUGUAACAAUAUCACAGACUAGAUCAAAAAGUUAAAACUAAACAUAAUAAUACGGUGACACAACUGUUAGGGUACUGAAAUAUUUAUUGCAGCAUAGAAAAUUGUAUGUGAAAUUGAAAAAUUUCAACGGAAUCGAUAAGCAAAUGAACGAUUAUGCUAGACGAAAGUGAGAGAUGGAAUAUCAAUUGAAACGAAAUACAAUAAAAUGGUACGGUGAAUAAAGUUGA